UAAUUUUAGUUCUAACUAUGUGUUUUGUUUUUGUAAGGGCUGACGAUGGCCCGCCCGAUGGAUUCAUGUCAGAUUGUCCUGGAAUGACUCGCAACACAACCAUGUCAGAGGAGACAAAGGAUUCCUUAACAGUGUUGGUGAUGUGGCCAUCUGACAGUUGGUUCGGUCAUAAUGAUGCAACCUGCAAGCUGAGCGUCGCAGGUGCGGCGUGUGUAGAAAAAAAUAUUGACUUGAAGAAGGAAGUUUUGGUGAUGAUUAGUGGAUACCUCGACGCAUCCUUCUCCCCUAUCGUCCAAACGAUAGUGAAGCCCUACCUCGAGCGCGGAAAAAAUAUAAUUGUCGUGGAAUUGUUCCCUAUACUUGUGCGGAGCUAUCCUUUAGCCGCGCGAAUGACAAAACCACUCGGUCUGAUCCUUGGUGAAUUCAUGGCGGAAUUAACUCGAAAAGGUCUUCGGCCAGAGAAUCUAGAAAUGCUUGGAGGGAGUUUAGGAGCGCACAUUGCUUACUACGCAGCUACCAAGUACCAUCAACUUACGAACUAUAAACCAGCUAGAUUAACUGGCCUAGAUCCAGCCGGUCCAUGUUUCCGAAACCUCCCGCGAGAAGAACGCUUCAACUCAGGCGCAGCUCAUCGCGUUGACGCGCUCCACACAAAUAUCGAUGGAUUCGGUAUAGCUGACGCUGACGCACACGUUGACUUUUACGCAAAUGGAGGAGAGUACCAACCAUACAUGAUGGGGAAUUUCAUCAUGCCAUGUUUCCUGUUCUGUAGCCACGUGAGAGCUGCAAUCUACUGGAUGGUUGCUAACGAAAACCCAGACCAGUUUUUGGCAGUACAAUGUGCCACGAUACACCACGCGCGUCAUGGCAAAUGUUACGACAAAGUUACAAGCAAUGUUCUAGGACCAAACACGAAUUUCACACGCCCAGGAAUAUAUUACCUUCCUACAACCGAGAAUUCACCGUAUUACUUGGGCGAUAAGGGCCUUAAAAAAAGACAAUAUGGCGUAAACAGUUAUUUGUUAAAAAUAGCACCAGAUAAAGAUCUUGUAUUAUAUAUUGACUUUUAUUUCCCUCACGUCAUUUAA